AAUUUUCCCCUUUGCUCUCACAUGGUGAAUAGGUCAUGUGUAAGUAACUGUUCACGAGGGAUUAGAGAGAGAGAAGGGUGCUGAUUUAAUGACGAAAUGAUAAGCAUACAGGCGUUUUGAAAUUGCGAACCUUUGCUCAGGUGAAAUAGGUGUUUUCGCACCUGAGUGAAGUACACACUCAAAGGAGGUAGAUCUAGUGAAUGAGGUAUGUAGGCUGUAGUAAGCACGGUGACAGUGGAGAUAAUGAGCAUAAAGUACUUACUGGUGUCAUUGGACUGAAGUUUUAUUUGACUUAUGCACUAUGAGACUCGCACCCUAACAGCUGGAGACUCCACUAUCCGCUGCGCAUGCGAGUCGCAAAAUCACACAAGCAGAGAAGUUGUAUCCUGUACAAAUUUUGAGUGCAUUUUUGCUGGAGGGAAACUGACACUGCCGGUCUGCUGUUGUGAGCGUCAUUUCAUUACCGCUCGGAGAAGCCUGCCACUGCAACGAAAUCCAGUAUCUCCAAGCCACUAACCGACGGGCGACCCAGGAUUACAAAACAAGCUCAACAUCUCCCCGGCCACCAGUUUGAGAGCUAACCAGAAUAACGCAGAAGCUAAAUAGCUAACCCGAAAUGGCGACGGCAAUAUACUUGGAACAUUAUCUUGACAGUAUUGAAAACCUACCAUGUGAGCUUCAGAGAAAUUUUACUUUAAUGCGGGACCUGGACAACAGGACUGAAGAAAAGAAAGGAGAGAUUGACAAACUGGCAGAAGAGUACAUAGCGAAUGUGAAGAACUUGGCCUCAGAACAGAGAGUGGAGCAUCUGCAGAAGAUCCAAAAUGCCUACAGCAAGUGCAAAGAGUUCAGCGAUGACAAAGUCCAGCUUGCAAUGCAGACAUAUGAAAUGGUGGACAAACAUAUCCGCAGACUGGAUGCAGAUCUGGCACGGUUCGAGAAUGAGCUAAAAGAGAAACUGGAAGUGAGCGGCUACGAAAGUACAGAAGGAAGAGGACUCAAAAAAGGUGAUUCCCGGGGGCUGAGAGAGAAACGUGGAUCCAGGGGAAGGGGAAGGAAAGGUUCUGAUGAGGAUUCUCCCAGAAAGAAAAAGAUGAAAAACAGGUCUUCCAGCCCAGACUUGAGUGACGCUCUCCUGCCUAUGCAGCCGUCAGACGUUUUGGACAUGCCAGUUGAUCCCAAUGAGCCUACAUACUGCCUGUGCCAUCAGGUGUCAUAUGGGGAGAUGAUUGGAUGUGAUAACCCAGAUUGUCCGAUUGAGUGGUUUCACUUUGCUUGUGUUGAUCUUGCCACAAAACCCAAAGGAAAAUGGUUUUGUCCGAGAUGCACCCAAGAUAGGAAGAAGAAAUGAGAUUUCUUAUUUUAAGGAAAAAUGAACUAAUAAUGUAUGUAUUUUUGAUGUAGUUUAAUAGUGUAAUAUAUAUAUGUAUUUCAGUUCCUAUCACUCUCCAUAGAAAUGGUGGGUCAUACAGCUUUUUUUCAAGGCCUAAUCCGGAUUUGGAGUAUAGCAACAUUAUCCCCCCUCUCCUGGCUUUACUUGUUUGUGCUAUUGGAUUUUAAGAUGAAUGUCUUUUUCCACUAGCUUUCAAAUAAUUAAUUCACCUGAAGAUUAUUUGUGUAGUACUGGGAAAAUUGGCCUGGGUUAUGUAGUUUAAAUUGUACAAAUUAUUGCCAAUCAGAAAGUCUUUCUUCUCAAGUUAUAUACUGUAUAUAUUGUCAUUACUAACAUACUCAGAAAUCCUGGAUUGUGGCUUUAGUAUACUUGAAAUAUCAAUUUUUUAAAGAACUAUUUUUUAAACAAAUUAACAGCCUGCUGAGAAUACAAUUUUUAACAAACACCUAAAUCCUUACCAAAUAAUGGUGAAAAAAGGAAUUGUGUGUCAGAUUUUCAGUUACUACCUCCUUGGGGAAUACAUCAGCACUGCAUACAUGACUGCAAUUGAUACCAGUGUAACAAAUUGUGUUUUGAUUAGCUUAAACCAAACAAGAAAAGCAAUGUAAAUUCAUUCAUCACUGAUUUUCAAAAAGCCUGCGACAUCUUUGAAUGUAUUGUGGUACUAAUGGUCAGUCAGUCAGUGUCUUUUGUCAACUGAAUGAGGUAUUUAAGCACUUUGAAUGAAACUUUCCCCUGAAGAGGUUUGAUACUGCAAGCUUUGUUUUAUAGUAUAUCUCAUCUAAAACUUGGCCAUAGUACAUUGCUUCAAACCAUAUAUACAUGUAUGAUAUGAAACAAUAUUUUGUGGACAGUUUUUUUUUUCCUCCCAAAGAUAUAUUUGUUGUAUUGCUUACGCAUUGGUGAACACCCAAAUUUUAUUUAAUAGGAUUUUAGCAUCUUCUUUCAUAUUCAACUGUGAAUAUCACUCGUUUAGGUGUAAGCCACAAAUAAAAGAGCCAAAGUCUUUGUAUUUUGUAAAAUUCAGUAUUUUAUAACAAAUAAAUAUUCACUAUUA